UAUUUUUUUGCUGGCUCCUCAUGGGCCGGCCCUGCUCCAAUCUUCUAGCUACGGCGCUUCGUAGCACGUUUCUACCUUCUACACACUCCACUCCAGUCUUUUUCCGGAUACCAUCCACCACUCUUUCACGCCCCUCCUUCCGCCUGCAUUCCACCGCAACUGCGCCAAACCCGUUGUUUGCCAACUUCUUUACCCCGCUACAGCCACUUCUGGUCGACUUCUUUCGCCAAAAGUUCCCCGCCAUGGCAAGCUCAACCAUUGACGAGAGCUUGCUCACCUUUCUCAACACCCACGCGCCCAACAACUCCUCCGCCGAGACCGAUGCCGUCAAAGCCUCCCAGGCCCUCUUCCCCUCUGUCACCUACUCCGAUGCUGAGAAGGCCGAACUGAGCCAAUGGCUCAUCACCGCCUCCCACAUUGCCUCCGCUGGCGAAGAUGCCGCCAAGGUCUCCGAGAGACUUUCGGCCCUCAACACCCACCUCUCCAGCCGCACUACAGUGCUCGGUGCUAAGCCCUCCGUCGCCGACAUUGCUCUCUACCAAAAGCUCGCUCCCGUUGUGUCCAAAUGGUCGGCUGAGGAGAGGACAGGCGAGAAUGGAUACCACUACAUCGUUCGACACGUCGACUUUGUCCAAAACUCACCUCUCUUUGGCCUGAAAUUGGACGACAAGGUCAACGUCGAUCUCGACAGUGUCAUCUUCAAGAUCAAACCUGUCGAUGCCAAGGCCGAGAAAGAACGUAAAAAGAAGGAGAAGGAGGCUGCUGCCGCCGCCGCCGCUGCUUCGGGCGCUACACCAACCGCCGCUACUGGCGAGCAAGGGAAGAAGAGCAAGAAAGAAAAGGUCAAGGACAAGGUCCAGGCUGCUGGUGAGGCUGUGGCCUCGACCGUCACUGGGAAAGCUGGUCCUCCGGAAGGUGCCCCCACUCAGAAGAAGGAGAAGAAAGCGAAACAGCCAAAGCCCCAGAAAGCACCACCAAUUGAGAAGCCAUUGUCCCCCGCCCUCAUCGAUCUUCGCGUCGCACACAUCCUCAAAGCCGAGAAACACCCCAACGCAGAUUCCCUUUACGUCAGCACAGUGGCAUGCGGUGACGCCCCCGGUACAGACAACACGUCCGAGUACGAAGGUCAGGUAGUGCGAACCGUCUGCUCAGGUCUCAAUGGCCUGAUCCCGCUCGAGGAAAUGCAGAACCGCAAAAUCGUCGCUGUAUGCAAUCUCAAGCCCGUCACAAUGCGAGGCGUCAAGUCCUGUGCCAUGGUGCUUGCCGCUUCACCCCGCGUUGCUGAGGGCGAGGACAGCCACGGCGGACCUGUAGAGCUUGUGAGCCCCCCCGCGGACGCGAAGGCCGGCGAUAGAGUUUUCUUCGAGGGCUGGGAGGGCGAGCCCGAGGGUCAAUUGAACCCCAAGAAGAAGAUUUGGGAGACCAUGCAGCCUGGCUUCACUACCACGGAUGGCUUGGAGGUGGGCUUUGAUGUUGAAGCUGUGCCGCAGUUGUCAGGCGAGGGCGCGGAUAAGAAGACAGGCGUGGCGAAGCUCAAGACUGCUGCUGGGCUUUGCUCUGUCAAGACCCUCAAGGGUGCUGUCGUGCGAUAG